UCUCAUUCUUUGUUUCUCAGCAGUCGACCUGGUAGACCUCCGAAACGAAACAUUCCUCUCUCACUCACACCAACAAUCCAUGGACUCUCUCGUAUGGGACCCACUCUUGACCUCCUCAAAAGACCUAAACUGGAAAAUGGCCACCACCGUCUGCCAUUCAAUGGAUACGAGCACUUGGCUGCAGCCUCCCCGUAUCUCCUGGCUACUCAUCCAGCAUUCCUCCCAUCAUCCAUCUCCAUGCCGACCAACCAUCUGACUACAUCACCCACCAAGGCUGCUGAGAUGCACCACCUUCACCAUGCCGACCUGGGAGCCGCCCAUCUCCACAACCUGCACAAACUAUCUGUAGGCAUCCCAAGAUCGUCAAGCCAACCCAGCUCACACAGCCAUGCAUCAGUCGACAUCGACGACCACGAUGAAGGUCUAGAGAAUGGGGAUCUCUCUCCACGCUCCUCGGACGGCCCCAGCCCCAGGAUGGGUGGGUCACAGGGUGGACUCUCCCCAAAGAGUGAUUCAUCAUCGGCCAUGCACGAAGACGAGGACGAGAAGGAGAGUGAUCGUAUUCACCAGGAGGCAAUGGCAGCCAUGGAACACAGCCUAGGUACACGAGAUUUGAUCAGACAACAUCUACAAAUGAUGACAAAUGCAAGAGAGGAGAACAAACCCUCAGGCAUGAAUGGAUCUCUCUCUGAGGGAGGGGCACACCCAAGAGGGGAGGAGUAUGAACAGCUCCAUGGCAACAAUGCCAACCAAUCAGGGAUGCCCAUGAGUGGAUUGACAGCUAGUGACAUGCUUUCACAUCAAGUGGGUCCAUCCUCCAUGGAAACUCUCCUCACCAACAUCCAGGGUCUACUCAAGGUAGCAUCAGACAAUGCACGUCAGAGAGACAAACAGAUCAACCUUGAAAAAGCUGAACUGAAGCUUGAAUUGUUGCGUGAGCGUGAACUAAGAGAGUCAAUGGAAAAACAAUUGGUGGCUGAGCAGAGGAGGUUUGCUAUCCUUGCCCGUCGUCUCAAGAGGGAGAAACGCAGCAGGAGACGUCUCCAAGAGCAAGCGGAGUCAACGACCCAGCAGCAACAACAACAGCAGCAGAGAGAGCGUGAGAGGGAGCAGCAGAAAAUGAAGGGCUCCAUGUCAGACCAGGAGCCAAGCAGGAGCCCACCCAUUCAGACUAUCCAACCCAUCCAGGCAGCGGCGCAGGAAUCUAUCAGGGCACUCAACGGUGGAGACAGGAGACCUAGCUGUCCAGACGUCUAUGAGAAAGAGGAAAUGUCACCAGAGAUGGAGAUUGAUCGUGAAAGAGCUAACAACGUGGUGAGGAAUGAGGCUGUCAGCCGACUCCAAGAUGCCAGAAUGUACUUCAAGAACUCCCUCCUCUUCAACCCUGGACUGGCCACGUAGACCGCUCCCAUCUUGGUUACCAUGGCAACACUGUAUCUAGCCCUACUGGAGGGACAUGUAAAAAAAAAGAAGAACAGUUACUGCUUGACCUUGAAAGAACUCCGCUCCUGAUAGGAUGUAGAAAUCCUUACACAAUAGCGUGAGAUGGAUUGCAGCAACGAAAUGAGUGAAUGUAUUCACUUUUUGUGCAGAGGAUAUAUAGAUAAGGUUCCAUACAAGAUGAUCUAAGAUGACAUUAAAGAGCCCAGCUCAGGAGGGAUACAGCAGUAUGGACUCAUUAAGUGGAUGUACAAAAGGAAGACAUUGUAAUUAUUGUAGCUGUCUUCAUCAAGAUGGUGUUCACAGGCUCGUAAUAUUAGUGAAUCAACGUACGAUGAGAAUACUAUCAGAAAGAUGGAGAAACAUUUUAGAAGAAUGUAUAUAGUAUUUUGUGAGGCUAUUGGAGAUUUAUGAUGAAUGUGUGCUGUUGCUGUUACCUUCCCAUAAAUAUGAAUACUUGGGCAGAAUUGACCUUUUGUCCACCACAUAGAGUGAAGAUGCCAAGUUUGAUGUAAAUUGAUGUAAAUAUGACCUUGCAAUUCUAACCUUACCAGCCAUAGCUACUGUUUGUUCUGUUAGGACUUUUCUUGAUUUCAUUUAAACCUAACAUUGUAAAAAUAAAUGACAGACUAUAUAUUAGAACUUGCAAUGAUUUUAUAGAGCAUUUUGCAAUCAUGUAACUUGCCAUGGUGGUAAAUCUAGUAAACAUAAUCUCAUCACUAGGCCUAUACCAAACUGAAUGACUAAGAACCAAAGCUUUCAAGUGCAAAUGGGUUAUUGGUAUAAAAGCUCUAUUUAAGAGUUAUCAAUUGUAUAAAAUUUAGCCAUUAAAUCUCUAAUUUGGGCAUUGUUUAUGUACAUGAAUUUCCUGAGCCUGAGUUUGUAUAUUUAUUAUUUAUUAAUGUAUGAUAUUGCCUCUGCAUGAUACACCACUGGCAAGUGUGAGUGAAAAUGAUGUACAGUUUUGAUUAGAAAAUGGAUUUCUUUGGUUUAGCCAGAGUAUAUUCAAAUUGAUUUCAUUUUCCAGUGGCUAUCAUAAUCAUUAUUGGUUAAUCUGCAAUCGGCACCCAUGCUUGCAGCUGGUACUGCAAUAGUUCAUUUCAUCUGUUAUAUAUUAGAGGUCAUGAACUUUGACCCUUAGCAUAAUCCUUUACCAAUUGUGAUUUCAGUUAUUGACCUCUCUGAGUUAAAGCAUUUUCUCCCAAAGUUUGCAUUCACAAAGCUGUCCCAAACAGAGUCAUGUAUAACUUUAUUCCAUAGUUCUGUCCUUUUACUGGCACUUCAUGGUGGAAAUCAAAUCAUCUAAUGAUGAUAUUAUGCUUUUAAUAUAGCACUUAACCCAUGAGAAUGAUAUUUCUUAGCAAUUUAUGAAUGUAUUUAUUAUUACCCCCACCAUCAUAUCCUUAUUUGCCAAAUUAAUUUAAGAAACCUGCACUUUAUACCCCUUAUGUUCAUUUGGGACUUCAGAUUUUUCACAAACUAAAGCACAUCUUUGGUAAAAUUGAAUCUCCUCCUGACUUUUUAGUAAAAUAAAAUUAACUUGAUAUACUUGCCAUAACGCUAUGCAGAAUAUGUACAUCUCGCAGUUGCCAUUAUAUUAUUUGAAAUAGCAUACAAGAUGAUAUAUCCAUAUACUCAUAGACAAUGUGCUGCGACUACUAACAUUUGUUUAUGUAAUUUUGUUUAUAUGGUUAAUGUAGUAAAUUAUUUUGUUUCAAUUUAUUUUAUUUCGAAUAUGAUGCAUAGGCAGGGAUCAUGCUUGUCUUGAUCGGCCAAUCUAUGCUAUGAUCGAAGUUUAAUUUUUUUUCAAUCAAAUUUAGAUUUUACUCUUCAAAAACACCCUCCCUCUCUAUUGCUACAUGACCAUUUGUAAAUGAAUUCCAUAUUAGCUAAGCCCAGUGUAUUUGGUAAGUAAUGGCAAAGGCUGCAUUACAACGGUAGCGUCUGUCAUGCUUUCUAUCUCUUAGAACUUGCUGAAAUUCCCCUUGUGUUUUGAACAUUUUAAAUCGCUGUACUAUGAUGCACUAUUUGAAUUUUGGGCCAGUCUUUUGUGUGUAUUUAUAGUGUAUAGUUUAUAUGCUGUACAAAAGUUGAUGCAAAUGUAUUAUGAUUGACCCUGCAAUUGAGACAUUGUUAUGUAAUAGAUAUAUGUUACAUGAAGACUAUAGGGUGAGAACAAGAAGCAUACAGGGUGUAAGCUCAAAAGUUGUAAAUCGUUUGUUUCGUGGUGAUAUUUUUUAUAACUUUUUUUGAAAUACCUAGACGUAGUACUAAAUGACAGCAGAAGGAAACAAAUGUUUAUAUAUUUUUUUUUCAUUUGACAACAUAUACAUGGAAAAUUUGUCAUUUCAUCUGUAUCACAUCCAUAUUAGGAAUUUGAAUUUUUAAUGUAAUGACCUGAUAUAUUCAUUAGUUGUUGUGUUUUUUUACAAAAUGAUAUUAUGAUUUAUGUGUUUAAUUUAUAUUAAGAUGAUUUUUUUUAGGUAUUCCCCUGUUCAUUUCAUUCUUCUCAUUCAUUCUAGUUUGUUGAGAGAUGUAUUUUCAGUAUUAUAUUUUGAUGUAGAAUGGAAUAGAAAAAAAUGAAGACCGUUCUUUGUUAGAAACCUUCUUACGCAAUUAUCUUCAUUACAUCUCUCCCGUGUUAGCCUAAAUAAUUUUUGUGAAGUAAAGAAAGAAUUGUUCCAAGACUUGGAUAAGGUAGUCACAUCACAUUUGUUUGCCCAUUGUUUGAGGUUAAUAUGUGUCAUAUUGAAAUGACCUGUAUCAUAGACAUUCCUGUGUUGUGCCCAUUUGUAUAUUAAUUAUUGUAAGUUGCUUGAAAGAUAUAAUUUUCAUGAUCAUUCAAUUUAUCAGAUGUAUUUCUUCUGCACCAUUUUUUCAUAAUGAUAUAAAUAAUGUUUAUUUGGUAGGCUUUUUUUUCUAUUUCAAUAUAGUUUUCCCCAUUCAUUCGAUUUAAUUUUGUUAUAUUUUUAUCUCAGGGUUGCAAAGAUUUAGAAGAACACAUUUUGUUUCACCCCAUUUUGGACAUUAAAAUCAACUUCAGUUUGGUUAUGGGUUUUCUACCUAUCAUUCAUUUCUUAUCAAUGUUAUUACAUAAAGAGAGUGGAGAAUUGGGGAAACAAUUUUUUUGGCAUUGGAAUAAAAUUACUUGGGCCACUUUUUAUAGUGCUAUGCAGGUGAUAUUUUAUUACUUGUUUCUUUACAACCAUGCACAUUUAUGGAGCUAAAUAAAAUUGCAGGUAUAUUCCCAGUUUCUUGCUAUAAAUUGCAUAAACAAGAUUUUUUUUUGACAAAGUUGAGAACUGUCCAUUGAUAUUAUUAAAAAAUUACAUAAUCAUACAUGGGCAUAAGAAUUAAAAGGUCAAAAGUCAUAUACUGGAUCAUGUACAGAACAUAAUGUCUCACAAUGAAUUUCAACCCCACCCUUAUAUAUAUGGUGCUCACUUUAUGAAAUCUUCUUCUUCAAUAAAACCACCUUUACUGAAGAUUCUUUAUGAGAAAGGUAUGAAUGUAUGUGUGACUAUGGAAUCUGUUGUGUACAUCUUAUUCUUGUAACAAAAAUUGUGUAAAAAUUACAGAUUUGAAUUUAGAAACAGACAAAAAAAAGCAUAAAACUAUUGUAGAUCAAUGUUGUCUUGUUAUUGUAGAAUUUAGAUGUAAAUUGUUUUCAUUUUAUCAGUAGCGCAAAUUCUUUGAUUUAAUUAUUUUUGUCAUUACCAUUUUGUUUAUUUUCAUCCUCAUUUUAAACUUUAUCAUUUGUUGAUAUGUUUGCUCUUUCCAAAGUAAAUAAUUUCUUUUAAUUUAUUAGGGAAGCGAUAUUGCAAUAAAGUUUGGGCCCUUGAGCCCACAUCGAGUUCAGUGUAA